UCUCCCGUCAAAACCCCUUGUUCUUCAUCUUUCCCAAUUCUCGAACAGGUUAAACCCCUCCUCUUUCACUCUCCACUCUUCAAUCUUCAAAACUACAAAGGUUUUUGAAUUGAAAAAUCAGCAACAUUUGGAGGUGAGUUAGGGCAGAAUGGGUUGGAAGGCAGCACAGAGGCUCAUUCAUCACUGGAAGAUCCUUAGAGGUGAUAAUGUUAUGAUAAUCAGAGGAAAAGAUAAAGGCGAGACUGGUAUUAUCAAGCGUGUGAUUCGCUCUCAAAAUCGUGUUAUUGUCGAGGGCAAGAAUUUGGUGAAGAAGCAUAUCAAGCAAGGCCAAGGUCACGAAGGUGGGAUUUUCUCAGUCGAAGCACCUCUCCACGUCUCAAAUGUUCAAGUUGUAGAUCCGGUUACAGGGAGGCCCACGAAAGUUGGAAUUAAGUACUUAGAAGACGGUAGCAAAGUACGAGUAUCGAGAGGCAUUGGAUCAUCGGGGAGUAUAGUUCCUCGUCCUGAAAUCUUGAAGAUAAGGAGCACACCUCGACCAACCAUUGUUGGUCCUAAAGACACUCCAAUGGAUCUGGUUCUGGAGAAGACUUACGAUGCUCAAACCGGUAAAGGAAUGCCCGAUCUUUAAACAUCUCCUGCUGGAUAACGUAUUUUUUUCUUUAUUUUUUCGGUUGGCUGUUGCGGUUAUCUAUAAACUCAGCAUUACAUUCUCGGAAGUUUGUUAGUUCGUGAAAAAUGAGUUUCGUAUUGUAUUGAUGGUUUGAUUGAAUUUACGGACGCAAAACUGAUCUUCCAACUUUGAGAAACACUAAGGCAUAAAGAUGGUGCAGUUUACCAUUGUUUUUAUCUU